ACGAUCGACAGACGCUACGACGGACCUGCUACGCCUAGGAACACAAAAAAUGUUUUAGCUACGUGACUGCGUGUACAUGAAGAGCAUCGGGCCGCUACAAUGCAGGGGCUCCAAGCCGCGAAAGAGAAGGCAUCAGGCCUCUUCGCCAACAAACCUCUUUUGUUUAAAAAUGCCCAGUAUGAAAACUUUCACGUGGAACAAAAAGGUUAUGAUCAAAUGUACGAUGGCGAGGACCUCGAGACGCCGCCAUCUCCGGAGAGACCACCUCCGCGCCAUAUAGACAAAUACGUCCGCGCUGAGUGUCCUUGUUUAAGUGCGCGCUACACCGUGGCGUUGCUCGCUUGUUUCGGCUUCAGCAUCAUGUUCGGAAUGCGAUGCAACAUGAGUAUGGCUAAGCUCAAGAUGACCGAAAAACAUAAUACUUCAUCAGGAGUCAAGGAAGACACGCCAUUCAACUGGACUGUUAGUGUAGAAUCUUCAAUAGACGCGUCUUACUUCGCUGGGUAUCUCAUUACACAAGUGCCAGGUGGCUUCUUUGCCUCUAUGUACCCUGCAAAUAAGAUCUUUGGUGCGGCUAUUGUUGCUUCGGCUAUAUUCAACAUGGCUAUCCCCGGGGCUAUGUCCGUCGGUCCUGCGGCAGUAGUCAUGUUAAAAGUUGCUCAAGGUUUUGUUGAAGGCGUCACCUAUCCCUCAUGUCAUGGUAUUUGGCGCAUGUGGGCGCCUCCUCUCGAAAGAUCCCGCCUGGCUACUUUAGCUUUCUGCGGCACUUAUGCUGGGAUUGUCAUUGGUAUGCCAUUGUCUGGUCUAUUGACCGACUACAUUUCUUGGCAAACGCCUUUCUACUUCUAUGGCAUUUCAGGAGUUAUAUGGUAUUUUCUCUGGUUGUGGCUGGUAUUCGAGAGGCCAAGUAAACACCCUCAUAUUUCCGGAAAGGAAUUGACUUACAUCGAACAAUCGUUAGGUACAGCAUCACAAGCCGCGAUGCCCGGUUUCUGGAACACGCCUUGGAAAGAAUUCGCGACUUCACCACCUGUUUAUGCCAUUAUCGUCGCUAAUUUCUGCAGGACAUGGAAUUUCUGUCUCCUCGUUAUAUUCCAGUCUGCUUACUUUAAUACUAGAUUUAAUAUGCAGAUCACUGAGUCUGGUUUUGUUGGAGCUAUUCCGCACUUGAUCAUGACCUCUCUGGUGCCUAUUGGUGGUAUGAUGGCGGAUUAUUUGCGGAGAAACAACAUUAUGACUACAACAAAUGUUCGAAAACUAUUUAACUGCGGUGGUUUUGGCCUCGAAGCUUUCUUCUUUGUCCUUGUGGCCUAUGCUGAUAAUAAGUACGUGGCCACAAUAGAGCUGACGCUGGGCGUCGCAUGUAGCGGUUUCGCCAUAUCAGGGUACAACGUGAAUCAUCUGGACAUUGCGCCACGUUAUGCCUCUAUUCUCAUGGGACUGUCUAAUGGCAUCGGUACUAUCGCUGGCUUUAUUGUACCCAUUGUUAUCGAUUACAUGACUCAAGAGAAGGACAAGCUAGAGAAGGCAAUAACGGAAUGGCGCGCGGUGUUCCUAAUGGGUGCCACAGUACAUUUUAUCGGUAUCACCAUAUAUGGCAUAUUUGCUUCUGGCGAGCUUCAGCCGUGGGCGGAGCCAACAGCUCCCUACGAUACUCCUCUCAAACCCUUAGAUCAAGAGACAACCUUCUCGGAGAAACCUUCAGAGCCGCUAAGAGGGACGGAACCACCAGCGUAUGGCAGCAUCGCGCCGGCCCGUCCACCCGCGCCCCAACAACACGUACCCAACAAUCCCUUCGUAUCAGGAGCGUUGUACCAGGCUGAGCCCGUACAACCACCCGCCCAAGCUUACGAUGACCUCACCGAUGACGGCACCUAUUAGGCCGGUCAUCUCUUCGAAGCUGGUUGUAUAAUAAUCUUUCAUUAAAAAGUGCAAAUUCUAAAAGGUUGAGUCAUGAUACCUCCCCUAUAAU